AUGAUAAAGGUGAAAGAAGAUCCAACUUCUGUGGGCCAUGGGUCCACAGACUUCGUGAAGAAGCUCUAUCAAAUGCUAGAGGAUGAGUCUUAUCGGGACAUUGUGAGGUGGACAGAUUCAGGAGACUCAUUCGUAGUGUUGAGUACCAAUGAAUUCACCAAAGACAUCCUACCUAAACAUUUCAAACACAGUAAUUUUGCGAGUUUUGUACGUCAACUGAACAAAUAUGAUUUCCACAAGGUCAAAUUGAGCAAUGAGGAUAAGCAAAGGAUGCAAAUGUUAGAAAACGGAGAGAUAUUUUGGGAGUUCAAACACCCAUUGUUCAAACGAAACGAACUUGAAGCUUUAGAAAAUAUCAAAAGAAAGGGGCCCAUUCAGAAGAAACCGGGGGACGAUGCCAGUGAGCUUGCAGAAAAGGUUGAGUUUUUAACCAGAAAGGCUGACGAUUUGGAGAAUGAGCUUGGUAUUGUCAACUCAAAGUAUAAUACAAUUGUGGAGAGUGUGCUCCAUAUGAGGAAGCUCAAUGAUGGUACAAUGAAAGUUUUAGACACUCUGGUGAAAUGCUUACACAAUGCAGGCAUCAAAAUACCUCCUUUGGAGAUAAUAGCACCUAUGCCUGGUGGAGUUCUUCCCCCUUCUCUAGGCCCAAAAUUUCACCCUGGACAACAACCACAUCACCAAAUGCAUCAACCACAGCCACAGCAACAACAACCACAACCACAACAACAACAGCAACAAAUUCAGCAACCACAACAACAACAACAACAGCAACAUAUCAAUUUCGCCUCCCAGACAUUCCCGGCCCAAGCCCAACAUCCCCUUAAAUCAAUUUCUUCCUCCGCAGAUUCAAGUUAUAGCUCCCUUCCCAAUUUACGUAACCCUGAGAAACAUCCCAACCCAUCCUUACUCAACUCUACGGCGAACAUUGUGAAAAAGCCCUCCGUUCCACACGUUGAUGCCUCACAGAUAAGUGCUGCAACCCCGUUGAACGCGCCUGUCGAGACUAAUGGUGAUACGCAGAGAGGUCAUCUAGAAAGACCCGAAGGUUCUCCUUUCCAUGUGCUCUUAGUUGAAGAUGACAAUGUGUGCAUAAAGCUUUGUCAGAAAUUUUUAAUGAAAUAUGGAUGCACUGUUCAGGUGGUAACUGAUGGCCUUUCGGCAGUUGAUGUGGUCGGUAAAGUAAAGUUUGAUCUAGUAUUGAUGGACAUUGUCAUGCCUAAUCUUGACGGUGCAUCAGCUACAGCAAUAAUCCGAAACUUUGACUCACAAACACCCAUUAUUGCUAUGACGGGAAACAUUGAAGAUCAGGAUUUACUGACAUAUCUGGAACAUGGAAUGACUGAUAUUCUAGCAAAGCCUUUCACAAAGGAUGAUCUCUACAUGAUGCUUGAAAAACAUUUGAUCAAGCAAAAAAUGAUAGAUCCCCUAGAAGCUACGUAUACGAAUGGAGACGACACAAAAGUGCCCAAAGACUCCAAUGCGAUUACUCCAGAUCCUAAUCUACUAAGUGAGGACCUUGUAAUUCCCCCUUCCAAAAGGCAGCGGAUUUAA